UUCAAAGGUUGUUGCGAAUUCUUACGAAACGAAAGCAGUCUUGUAAGUGUACAGUUUUAAGUUAAAUGGGAAGUUUUCUGUCCAAAAAACAGGAAGCAGAAGCCAGAGAUGGCAAUCAUGUCAAGUUUGCUUUAGUUGGAGCAACUGGAUGCGGGAAAUCUGCCUUCGUCAACGCCAUAAGAGGUAUUGGCGAUGUCGAUAAAGAUUCAGCAGGAGUUGGUGGUUCAUCAGCAUGCAAAGAACCUAAAGAAUACACCUACCCAACAAAUCCUCUUGUAAGCUUCUGGGAUCUACCUGGUUAUGGCACAAGUAUUGAGAUGUAUUGGAGAAAAUUAGGAUUGGAAAAAUUCGACAGAUUUCUGAUUUUCAUUUCACCCACAGUCACUGAAUUUGAUCGAGAAUUAAUACAGAAACUCAAAUCCAACACCAAGCCUUUCUUCGUUAUUCGCACCAAAAUUGAUAGCGAAUUUAAAAGUCAUUUCCAGGAAGAAGAAUUCUUACACGAAAAGCGGGAUUAUCUACUUAGAGAAUUAAAUCGGUCACUUACUGAAAAAGACAUAUUUCUUAUCAACAACUACGAUCCACGCAAAUGGGAUUUCAUGCGACUUAUAGAAGCUGUGAGCGACGUGUCACCUGAACCUGAAAUAGCGACUUUAACAGAUCAAUAUAUGGGUGACACAAGAAAAUACGUUAAAGAAAAUGGUGUUUCAAAUAUUGAAGAAUUCCUCAAGACAAAGCUGGAAAGAUCAAAAGAAGUGAAAAUACGAUUUGGAAUAACCGGAGAUAGUGGUACUGGAAAAUCCGCAUUCAUUAACGCCAUUAGAGGGCUUAAAGACGACGAAAACGAAAAGGGUGCCGCAGAAGUGGGUGUCACUGAAACAACGAUUGUGCCAGCGGAAUAUAAACACCCCGAAAACGAAAAAAUUAUCUUCGUGGACAUGCCUGGGAUUGGAACACCAAAAUAUUCCAAUUUUGAAGACUAUUGCGAAAAAGUUUGCUUAGAAAAGUACGAUAGCUUUCUAAUUUUUACUGCAUCUCGUUUUACAGAUGAUGAUUUGUUUCUGGCAGAGAAAAUCAAAUCAAUGCGCAAAUCCUUUUUUCUUAUCCGCACGAAAAUCGAUAAUGACCUCGCCCCAAAGUACGAAGGACAACAAGUCAACGAAGAACAAAUCUUAAAUUCGAUUAGAGCAUAUUGCUUUAAUCAUGUGAAAGAUUUGAUAUCUGGCGAAGAGGAUAUCUUUCUGAUUAGUAACUACCAUAAAGAAAAAUGGGAUUUCGAUCGUCUUAUUGUUGCUAUCAGUGACGCAUUGUCUACUAUUCAGCGAGAGUGUUUAACGUUGUCUUUAACCAAUGUUACUCGGGAUUGCUUAAAAAGAAAGGCAAAACUUUUCAAAGCCCAAGCUGUUGCUGUGGCUGUCGUGUCUGCUGGGUCUGGUGCAGUUCCUGUUCCUGGAUUAGGAUGUGUCCUUGACCUUAUACUUAUUGGAGGUACCAUCAGAAAUUACUACAGAGCAUUUGGGCUCGGUAACACAACUCCUGAGGAGCUUGAAUUGUUGAACAAACAUUACAGAGACAUUAUCAAAAGGUAUGGGUUAACUUCUGUUUUGGCGAUAUUUAAAUCUGCGGGAACCAAGACAGCCCUGGUACUAUUAAGUGUUGAAGAAGUUUCGAAGUUUAUUCCAAUUCUUGGAUUGGUGAUUGCGGGGAGUGCAUCAUUUGCUACAUCGUUGUACUUCCUUAAUCGCUCUGUAAACGAAAUGGAGGAGGUGGCAUUGGCUGUCUGGGAUAACGCAGCCGAACGAGCUGUUAACAGCGCAUCCCGAAGUUCUCCAUAGAUCAUAGAUACGAGCAAUAUCAGUGUAGAGAAAACGUGUUUUGCGCACAACAUCCUAAUAUACCAUUGAAUAUAUCCAUGCAUAAUUAUAUUUUUGCACUUGUUGAAAUUAGUUUGCAAAAGAGCAAAUGGUAUUAUCUAAUACACUGUAUUUAGCAGCAAUAUUACGCUGCCGGUCAAUUAGAACUGUCUCAGCACAUUAAUUAAAAAGCCUGCUGUACACGAGGGAACACAGUAAGGCCUAUAAUAAACUAGGAAAUGUUGUGAAAAAAAUCUUGUUGCGUGAUGUUUCCACAAAAUUUUUCGCAGAACAUUCCCCAGUGUCUCCAAAGACAAAAAUUAAUUUUCAUACUUAUGUUAUUGAAGCUAACUAUAUAAAUAUCCUAUAGUUGCAAACGUUGAUGCCUGGCUAAACAGGGUAGACAUUUUCAUGAAAGCUUAACGUUGUAAAAUCCUUACGCACUUUGCACACUAAACUGAUUAUCACACGUGGCUGUUUGCUUACUGUUUCCUCUUCUUCAAGCUAAGGUUUAUUUAGAGGUUAUAGAGACAUUUGCGACGCACGGGAUAUAACUGAAUGUCAAAAAUUUAGCAUAUAUAUUUAACAAUACAUUAUAUGCUAUGCCGAAGGCAACUAAUUGUUUUAGUAUUAAUUUC